UCUUUGAUGACCACAAAGCAUUCACAGCCACAGUCUACACUUGCAAAAAGUCUAACUUCAACAAGUACAAAUGCUCCUUAUUUUAAAGCAGCAGAAAGUACAGAAAUUCCAUCUUACGUGACUAAAUGUCCUAGCAACGGGCUUUGCAGUAGAUUGCCACCAGACUGUAUGACAUGUAACACAAACUAUUCCUGUAUAUAUGGGAAGCCAGCCACUUUUGAUUGCAAAGUCAAGCCACAUGUUCAUUGUGUUGAUCAGAAUAACCACGAGCAGGAGAACUUUACCAUUAACAUGACGUGCCAGUUUUGCUGGCAGCUUCCUACAACUGAUUAUGUAUGUACCAACUCUACAAGCUGCAUGACAGUUUCCUGUCCACGACAACGAUACAACGCCACUUGCACAGUACGGGAUCACAUUCAUUGCCUGGGUAAUCGUGUGUUUCCUAAGAUGCUCUAUUGCAACUGGACUGGAGGUUAUAAGUGGUCUACUGCCUUGGCACUAAGCAUCACUCUUGGUGGAUUUGGUGCCGAUCGCUUCUAUUUGGGUCAGUGGCGGGAAGGUUUGGGAAAACUCUUCAGCUUUGGAGGACUUGGAAUAUGGACACUAAUUGAUGUGCUAUUAAUAGGUGUUGGCUAUGUGGGGCCUGCAGAUGGUUCUCUUUAUAUUUAAAUGUGGGUGCAACAUGUUUCAGAGAGGUAUAAUUGCUUGGAAAGGGCUCUAAAUAAAAAGAGAGAUGUGAGUUGUUAAGGUAAAAUGAAGAACAGCUGUUCUUUCUCUGUGCAUACAUUUUAUUGUACAGUAUCUGUACUUAGUUUGCCUUGAACUAAGGUAAAAUAAAAGAGUGGAUCUGAGUAAGUUGAAAUUGGUUUUCUUCUGUGGACAUGCUAUUUUUCUAUGAAAAAAAAAAGUUGAACAGCUAACCAAAUUCUGCAGUGUGCUUGAACUUGUAUGCUCUG